CUCAAAAGAAAGCACUGGCCAAUCAGUUCGUUAAAUCUAGGCGUCACCGAAUAAUGAUUGCUAAUCUGGAGACGUCGCUGAAUAACAAUAAUGAUGAUCAAUCCGGAGGGAAAAUCGUACCGCCUAUGGAGGAAUUCGAUAUCCAUGGACUAUGAGUAUCUGAACUUAUCAAGCUACUCGACCUGAUGGUAACGACCACCUUACUUAAGAUUGAUGUUCCUCAAUUUCAGGUAUCUGGAUUUAAUCUACAACUCAACCACCUAGAUCCCAAUCCUGAACCAAGAAGUCCACAGUCAUCAUGGGUUCAAUCUCUUCAGAUGUGGCCGCCCCUUCGCGGCUCUUCUCGCCUUUCAAAAUCGGCAACCUGGAACUGAAACACCGCAUCGUCAUGGCUCCCUUGACCCGCUACCGCAACGACGAGAACCACGUCCCCCUACCCUUUGUGGCAGAUUACUAUGCUGAACGGGCCUCUGUUCCGGGCACAUUCAUAAUCGCCGAAGCGACAGCCGUCUCGCCCCGUGCAGCAGGAUACUCUAAUCUCCCUGGAAUCUGGAGCAAAGACCAGAUCGCGUCAUGGAAACGAGUCACUACCGCAGUGCACGCCAAGGGAAGCCGCAUAUUCCUACAGCUUUGGGCUCUGGGCCGCGUGGCAGACAAAGAAGUCGCCGAGAAGGAGGGCAUAAAGAUCGUUUCAUCUAGCAACAUCCCCAUGGACAGCGAACACCCGGAACCUGAGGCUUUGAGUUAUGAGGAGAUCCAGGCUUUCGUGGCGGAUUACGGUCAAGCGGCUAAAAAUGCCAUUGAAGCCGGAUUCGACGGCAUUGAGAUUCAUGCUGCAAACGGCUAUCUUGUCGACCAGUUCAUCCAAGAUGUCGCGAAUCAAAGGAAUGAUGAGUACGGUGGCUCCGUUGAUAAUAGAAAUAGGUUUGCUUUAGAGGUUGCAAAGGCGACGGUCGAUGCUAUCGGUGCUGAUAAGGUCGGGUUUCGAAUCAGCCCCUUCUCAACCUUUCAGAGUAUGAAGAUGGACGAUCCGUAUCCCCAGUUCUCUGCGUUGGUCAAAGGUCUCAAGGCCCUGAAUUUGGCGUAUCUCCACGUCGUGGAAUCGCGGAUUUCAGGUGAUGACGCGGGUGAAGGCACCGAGAAGCUCGAUUUCCUGUUGGACAUCUGGGGAGAUGAUACCCCCUUUUUGAUUGCUGGUGGUUGGAAGCCCGAUGGUGCUCAGGCAGCUAUGGAUGGUCAGUAUAAGGACAAGAAUGUCGCUAUUGUCUUUGGUCGGCACUUCUUGGCUACACCCGACCUACCCUUCAGGAUCAGACGAGGGCUCGAGCCAAACAAGUAUAACCGCGAUCUGUUCUACGCCAUCAAAACAAAGGAGGGUUAUUUGGACUACAAAUUCAGCAAGGAAUGGGAAGAGGCCAGCAAGCAUGGCCUAGAUAACAUUUUAGCAUAAGUAACAAAUAGCCUAGACUUUACCAAUAGAGUUGGCGCUGUGUUUGAACGGAAUGAUACAGCUAUCUCUGUGUCUAGCUGCAUCCUGGCAAGUCCUUCACAGAAC